GCACUAGGACCCAGAGAGCGCUGCAUUUUCUUCCAGGGGUUGCCUAAACCUCAGCGCGCGCACACCCCUGCUUAGGAAAACUAAAAGAUAGGCAAAGAGAGAGGGAGAGACUAGAGGAACGCAGCUCUGUUGUGGUCACUCCAAGAACAUGGAGGGGCUGGAGUGCAGUAACUGACCCGCUGCCAUCGGGAGGACAGGAGUACAUGUGGAAGGGCUUGUUCAGAGCGGAUCAGGAUUAAAAGGAGCCGAGGGCUGCAUGGGUCCAGUGGUCAUGCCCCCAGGGAAGAAGGCCGAGGGCCCCAGCAGCGGGAGCGUGGCGCGGGGUCUGAGUCAGCUCUACCAGGACACCGAGGCAGCUGACCUCUCUCUGGCCCUGUCUGCCUCCCUCAGCCGGGCCGAGGACGAGGAGCUGACCAGCCUCAGCUGGCUGCACGAGAGCACGGAUCUUCUGACCAGCCUGGGCCACUCGGGCCUGCGCAGCGUCAGCCCCCUGCAGGACGCUAACGGUGGCCGCGAGCCCUCUUCCUCGCCGUCGUCCUCCCCUGAGCCCAGCGAGCCACCCUACCACCUGUCCACGGGUCCCAGCCACAAACCGCCCUACUCCUUCAGCUGCCUCAUCUUCAUGGCAAUAGAGGACGCUCCCUCCAAGCGACUUCCUGUCAAAGACAUCUAUGGCUGGAUACUGGAGCACUUCCCCUACUUCGCCAGCGCCCCCACUGGCUGGAAGAAUUCAGUGCGUCAUAAUCUGUCGCUAAACAAAUGCUUCAAGAAGGUGGAUAAGGAUCGCAGUCAGAGCAUAGGAAAGGGUUCUCUCUGGUCUAUUGAUCCUGACUACAGACACAAUCUGAUUCAGGCGCUGAAGAAGACUCCAUAUCAUCCGUAUUCCCCUCGGCUUCCAAAACCUUCUACCUCCCCGUCUGCCUCUCCUCAGCAAUACCACAGUCCUCCACUAUGGCCAGGAAGUCCACUCUUCAGAAAGAAUGGAGGAGUGCUCUUACAAGUUCCACAGAGAGUGAUACAGCAUAGCUCACGUGUUGCUGCUCAGGGGCUCUUUCCGGUUAUCAGACCCCUUCCUUUGAGUCCUGUGAGCAAGAGGACCACAGCCGUGAGAUCAGCCCUGGGCGACUAUCUGACCCGGGGUAAAAACAGCCUGCGCAGUGACUCUCCUCCACCCAGCGAUGAUCAGCAGGAGGACCACACAUACAGCAGCUCACAGUCCCUAAAUACAAAGGGGGACAUUUCUUCCUCCGUCUCCUCCUGCUCCACUCAGGGUUCCCAGGAGGUCACGCUCACUGAGGUCAAGGAGGAGCAAAAAGAUUUUCCGCUGGACGCCACGCCACCUCCUUCCCAGCUGCUCCAGCGCAGAAGACUGCUGUGGACCAAAGGUCACCUGCGGACCCCCGGCGACACGCUUCCCCUGAAGAAGAGGCGGGCGGAAAAGCUCCUGGUCAAAAAAGAGGAAGACAAGGAGAUGGAGGCGGCGGGGUCGUUGCUUCACCUGGCCGGUGUGCACACCGGCGUGAAUAAAAACGCUCUGCGUACGUGUAAGAAGGAGCUGAAAGAGGAAGCCAAUGAUUAGCAAUGAACGAAAAUCCCGUUAACACAGAUCUAAAUACUUCUGUUCCAGGAUAUCAGGUGAAUUCUAGUCAGUUGUUGCAAUAUCAAUAAAAUCACUGUUGUCCCUUGUCAAAUUUGAUUUCUAGGGUGAAAGAUUCUAAUGUUCGUGUUGUUGUGUGUGUGUGUGUGUGUGUGUGUGUGUGUGUGUGUGUGAGAAGAUGGAUAAAAGCCAUAGUAAAAUUUGGGUCAUUUGAGUGAAAAAUGUUUUUCUUUUAAUUCAUCAAUUAAAAAUCACAAUUGAAAUGAAUGAAUUAUGUUGUAGCAAUCCUUCUAGUUCACAUCAGAAAGCUGAAUGGAGAGAUUUUUAUGCUGCUCAAGUGUGCCAAAGAUAUGAAACCUGUUGAUGAAAGUGCAGUUAAUCCAUGCACACUUAGUAAGACCAAUAAUAGUUUCAAAAAGUAGCGAUACCAACCUAUACAAAAAACAUCAGAUGAAUAUCUAGGUCAAUGACAUGACGCUGAGUUGUCUUGGUCUGGGUUUAUUGAUUGAUUUAAAAAUGCAUUAAAAAUCCAGUUCAUACAUACAAUGCGUUUUUUGUGAUGGGCAUGGUUUAAUUUCUGAAUUAAUAGUGAUCGUUUUUGGGGCAUAAAGUUACAAAUGUCAGUUUGAUACAGCCGUCCUCAUUAAAAGUAGUAUGGCAUUAAAUUUUAUUCCUUUAAAGGGGUCAUAUGAUGCGAUUUCAAUUUU